GUUUCCACCUCUUUGGAUGUUCCCCCUGAAAACGCACACCACGCCAGCAGCUAUCAUUAUUGGCCUCUUUCCUCCUCGCAUCACUGCUCUCAUCUUCCGUCCUUCCGGCAAAAGUCGCACCACCACUCACCACCUUCAGGCGCGCGUCCGUUGGACAAACACGUUGUACUCCGCAGGUAGCUGUCUUCGACCAACAAAGCAGCAACAACGAGCCUCCAGCUGAACGACAACGUCAACAACAACCUGUUGCAACUGCUGCUGCUGUGUCAUACAUCCCGACGAAACCAUGAGCACUGAGCAGCAGCCGCCACGGGGCCUCGACGACUUCUGGCAAGAACCUUGGGCCCAGGACACCUGGGUGUCGACGAUCAGCCAGAACCCGGCAGCCCAAGGCCUUCAGCCGUCCGGUUGGAUGUACACAAGUCACCCAGGAAAGCAAGACAGCUUGGACUUCGACUUGGGCUCUAGCUUCUCCCAGGCAUCCAGCGAGGACCCCCCGUCCCCCGGCUCACCCCCCGUCAACCACGGGCAAUGGAACAGAGGCAGCACCGCGAGCAGCUGCGGCGGCAUCAGCGUCAGUGGCGGCGCAGGCCACCAGCCCAUCGAGCAACACCAUCAUCACUACCACCACCACCACCAUGCCCCGAUAGCGAGUCCCGCAUCCCUUUCGUCCACGCUACCGAUGACACCCCCCCCCGGGCUCGCCCACGAGCGAGUCGUCUACCCCGCUGCUGCCGCCGCUGCUGCCAGCGGCGGCGGCGGCGGCGGCGUUCCUCACCCCCACGCUCACGGUCAGUCACUCCUCGCCACAAUGGGGGCCCGGUCAGGUACGAGCCGAUCGUCAAGUGUCGAGUCUGACACUUCGCCCGCCCUGAGCCUCUACGGGGGGGCUGGCGGCGGCGGCGGGGUCGGCGGCGGAGGCGGGCCUUGCGCUUUCCAGAUCUCGGGCUACCGCACGUUGGAGCUGCUCCCCACGGCGCAGCAACGGCAGACGCUGCAGAAGUGGUUCGGCGUCGUCCGGUGGAUCCACAAUCGCGCCGUCGAUGCCCUCCGCGUGGACUCGAGCGUUUCCGCCACCUGCCUCCGGGCGGCGGUGGCCGAGUCCGAGUCCGAGCACGAGUGGGCGGCCGCGGUGCCCCUGGCCAUCCGCGACGCGACGGUGGCGCAGCUCGUGGGAGCGCUUCACCUCGCGCAGCGGUCGGCGGAGGUCGCGGCGGCCGCUACCGGGGAAGCCGUGUUGGCGGAGCCCCUGGGGACUUCGGCGCAGAACAAGGCCCUCAAGUACCGCACCAGGAAGGACAGGCUGGAGCAGAUCGUUCUUCGGGCGGACGGGUUCCAGUAUGGCAUCCCCUACCCGGACUACUUCGGAUACGCGCCGUUGGCUUCGUCGGUGCCGAUCCCGGAUCGUCUGCCGUCCGACGCCAUCCUUGUACGCAGCACGGAGCGGUUCUACCUGUGCAUCCGGGAAGCGUGUUAACCUGCGCGAGUGGGUCAGCAUUCGUACGCCGCCAGAAUACGUCAGUCGGCGGCCAACCAGGCCCCCCCUUGUUUUUUGCAGGCACCAGGGGGGUAAAAAUAGUGGUAGUUUUGGUGUUUUUCGCGUUCUUGCGUGGUGUUGCGCGCGCGAGUGCUCCGCCUGCUUUGUUUCGCUGCGCGUGAGGUGACUGUUGGGUGAGGUGACGUGUGCGUGCGAACGGAGUACUUAAGUUUGCGUCCAUUUCGAUAAGAAAGAGGAGAGUAGAGAGUAAAUCCCCGUGGGAGGAAGAUGCGAGACGGGAGAACCGGACCGGUCUAUCUUGUUCCUGCUACGCGCGUAAGUUCGGGUGGGGUCUAUCCGUGCAAGCAUUUUGCGGUAGGUAACUGCAGCAGCUUUGUUGCUUCCCAAGCGCUCGCUGUCUCUGUUCAUCAUUCUGUUCCAAUGCCAAUUUCUCUCUUCUGAUGGUGGAACAUAGUCGAGAGUGCUGCUGUAGAUAUCCAUCAGUCAUUAACCUGGCUCUUACACUUGCAUUUAUCAGUGUGUACUUUUCUGCGCUCGCAGUGCGAGCAUCUUGCAUGUCUUUGUGUGGGUACGGGGGAGAGAAUGAAGACGAGGGCAGAAGUUGGCGCUAUUUUUACACAAGCACGCGCGAGCGCGUUCUGUCCGUUGCACCCGUCUGCUCGUGCAUGUUGUUCAUGCUUGUGUCAUUGUGUUUUUGUCGCCCGUUUCGUUGUUGUAUCUAACUCUACGCUCUUCCCGAUCGGGGAAAAACCUGUGCCGUGAACGACUCUGGUAUAUUGGAAUCGUUUUUUUUUCUUUUCCGUUCUAGUCGGUGGUGGGAGUUUUAGAGGGUGGUCGGUGGGGGGCUCAGCUUUGAGCGGUCGAUUAGUUAGACCUCAACCUGUUUAUUUUUCUUACUAUCUUCCGAAAAUUGUGAACCCGUUUUUGGUGCCGUUCAAUGUCGAGGCCGCUAGCCCUUACUUUAGUAGGGCGCAGAAUAAUCAGGGCUUGCUUUUGUUCGACUGCUGGUGUGGACUGGGUUUUUCCAGUUUUUUUUUUGUUUGACGUUCGCUAGCGCGUCCGGG